UUGAGGUUAUGUGCGUGUGUCUAAUACUCUAAUAAGUAAAAUAAUAAACCAAACACCAAAAUAAUCAGUAAUCACUAAUCAUAUUAUUAAAACGUUUAAAAUAUAUUACAGUGUUAAAUAGAUACUUUUUUCAUUUAAUCUAUCAUAAUAUUAUCCGAAAAUUACUGCAAGCAUAAAUAAUAUACAUUACAUGAUAUAACAAAUAACGAUUUAUGAUCAAAAUUCAACGUUUUCUCUAGCUCUACUUCUUCAUCAACUAGCGUUGAGGGACGGUGAACGGUAUCUUCCACUGAUUUAUGUGUAUGAUACAUAUAUUUUAUAACUUUAGAUUUAAAAUAUAUAAUUUUAAUUAUAAUUGAAUAUACGAGAAUAAACUAAAUAAUAAUUUUAUCAUAACACUUGUAUAUUUGCAUUGUAACCAUACAUUAGUGAAAUGGAAGGAAAGAAACAAAUUGAUUUAAAAAAAGAAUUUGGUCAUUAUGCUACCAAAUAUAAAAGUUUAAACCCAUUCAAUGAAAUAGACUCAAAAAAACUUCUCAAAGAAAGAUACAAACAAAAUUUGGACGAUUCCAAACCUUUAGAAGACAAAGAACCAAUUAAAACUGUCACCGUGGACUUAUUCAAACAAAUUCCAUUAUUAGAAGAUAUAGAUUUGACUAAAUCAGAUCCUUUGUGUAAUAUGCCAAAACUAUCUGAAAAAGAAGCUGUUCGUAGAGUGAGGAAUAAAUUUAUACGACUACAGUUGUUAUAUGCACAAGAAUACAGAUAUUUGUUAUUUAAGUAUCGAGUAAAACGUAGAGAAUACUUAAUUAAUAAAAAAUGUGAUUCGGAAUCAUAUGGACAACUAAAUAAAUCAAAAUGGACUAAUGAUGAAGAAUAUGCGAAAUUCCGUAAAUUAAAACUAUUGGAACACUAUCAAAAAAUGACAAUAGGACAAGAGGCAGUAGUAUUUAAAACAGCAAUGGAUAGAAAAAUAAGAGCAACUUCGUUACUAAACAAUAAAGGAAAAUCACAUCUUCCACAUUGUACAUAUGUGGAAAUGGGUAUAAAAUGCACAGGAAAAAUGAUACCAAAAAGUAAGUAUUGUAAGAAACAUAUCCUCAAGGAUCCAAAGCAAAUUUUAUUCAGAGCUUGCAAUGUGCUUCAAAGUGAUAAUCAAUGCCAAGAGCCAAUUGUAAAUUUUGAUACAAAAUCUACGUGUGUUUUACAUGAAACAUUACCAAUGCUUCGAGAUUAAAUAUUUAUCUAUAUAUUAUAUACACAACACAAAAUAUAUUUUGUGUUCUCCUAUUUAGGUCACCUACUGAAUAUAUUUUAAUUUAAUUCAUUUUUAAUACUGUAACUAAAAUAAGUUUUAUUUAACCAAUUUAAUUAAUAAACUCAUGAUUACUUAGUUAUACAUAAACUAUGCUAUUAAAUAUUAGGUAUAUAAUAUGUAUCUUAGUAC